GAAAAAGUUUUGUUUAUAAAAGCAGUUUAACUGUUCAUAUGAAAAUUCACACAGGUGAGAGGCCUUUCUUAUGUGGGACAUGUGGGAAACGUUUUACCCUAAAAUGCCAUUUAACUGAUCAUAUGAGAAUUCACUCAGGUGAGAAGUCUUUCUUAUGUGGGACAUGUGGGAAAGGUUUUACCCUACAAGGCCAUUUAACUCAUCAUAUGAGAAUUCACUCAGGUGAGAGGCCUUUCUUAUGUGGGACAUGUGGGAAACGUUUUAAAAAAAAAGGCCAUUUAACUGAUCAUAUGAGAAUUCACUCAGGUGAGAAGUCUUUCUUGUGUGGGACAUGUGGGAAAGGUUUUACCCUACAAGGCCAUUUAACUGCUCAUAUGAAAAGUCACACAGGUGAGAAGUCUUUCUCAUGUGGGACAUGUGGGAAACGUUUUGUUCAUAAAAGCAGUUUAACUGUUCAUAUGAAAAUUCACACAGGUGAGAGGCCUUUCUUAUGUGGCACAUGUGGGAAAAGUUUUGUUCAGAAAAUCAGUUUAACUGAUCAUAUGAAAAUUCACACAGGUGAGAGUCCCUUCUCAUGUGGGACAUGUGGAAAAGGUUUUUCUCGAAAAUACCUUUUAGCUGUUCACGGGAGAACUCACACAGGUGAGACGGCAUAAUUUGAACCUCUAGUUCUACAAUUUUUAGUAACUUGCUGUUUGGCAGUGGAGUAAUUACACAUUUUAAAAUGUAGCAGAGAAGUAAAGCAUUUCAAAUAAGUUUUGCUAAAAUAGCAGGGGGUGGGAGGUAAAUCACCUUUUUGUGACAAUGUUGUCUUUCCAUGGACUUUUUUAAGUGAGCUACCUGAGUGCCUUUAAAAAUAUACUGCUCAAAAAAAUAAAGGGAACACUUAAACAACACAAUAUAACUCCAAGUAAAUCAAACCGUUGCGACAACGGGAACCUGACGAGGGUCCCCGUUGUCAAUCAGUGUUGCUUCCUAAGUGGACAGUUUGAUUUCACAGAAGUUUGAUUUACUUG